AUGGACACGGCCGAUGGGGCGCCCGACGGCGGCGACAAGUCCCCGACCAAGGCCUCGGGCAACAACGAUGAGAAUGACAACGAUGACCAGAACCGCAAAAGAGCGAACAUCAGAAAGAGGACCAAGACCGGUUGCCUGACAUGUCGAAAACGACGCAUCAAGUGCGAUGAGGGAAGGCCCAUCUGCAACAACUGCAUCAAGUCCAAAAGACACUGCGAGGGUUACAACCAGCGAGUCAUCUUCAAAGACCCAAUCGGCGCAUUCAACCUGAACGGAGUCUACGGCCCCGUGGUCUACCCUCCCGAGGCGUCAAAUCCCCCUUUCCAUCAGCUGUCCAACCCGCCGCCGAAGUCAUCCAAUGCGCCUCCCCUGGCACCAAUAGCUCCCAAGCCGCCACAGAACAUGGACUAUGGCGGCCAGCCGAUGCAUCACCAGUAUGGCCAGGGCUUCCCAGGCCCAUCUUCGGGUCAUCACCCAUCUUCCUCUCCAUUCGACUUCAACCAGUAUGCCUUUGGGCCGCCGCAGAUACCCCCGCAAAUGCCCCCGACGCCCUCAUUGACAUCGCCCAUCAGCCCAGACCAAUUCCAGGGACCGUUCGGCGGAGCCCAGAGCACCUUUGUCAGUCCAAAUACCGACAACGGCUCGUUUGCGUACGUACCCCGGGAAGCAUGGCAAGGACAGCCUUCAAAUCAUGUACGGGUGGAAGAGAUUCGACACUACCCCAACGACCCUCUGCGGCGAGAAGACGUGGUGGAGGACCCCGAUGUCCAGUUCUUCUUCAACGACGACGACGACGCAUCCAUGGGCGAUUCGGACGACGGCUUCGAGGACUUGAUGGGUGAGGAGAGCGCCUACGGACAACUGGUCCAGGCCCGUUCGGACGGUCCCUGGGACGGCUUCGGCACCGAGGUCAGAAAGUUCUCCGCCUUUGCGGAGGAGACGAUUCUCACGUCGUACAUCCCGACCCCGAACAACUCACCGCUCAACGACGAGCGGACGGCAGCCCUGUUCUGGCACUUUAUCAAUGUCACGGGCCCCAGCAUGUCCCUGUAUGAGAGGCAUCCGUUUGACCACACGAAACUGAUGAACAACUUUUCUGUGCCAAAGGCCGGCCAUAACUUGUGGACCUACACGUUCCCCAUCCUGUCGUUCAACCACCCGGCACUCCUCCAAGCAAUGCUUGCCCUGGGCGCUUUACAGAUAGCCAAACUGCAGCAGAUCCCGCCGACGGCGGCCAUGAAACACUAUCACCUCUCCAUUCGCAGGAUCGCAAAGAACGUGCGAACAGUAAAGAGGAGGACGUCACCAGCCACGCUCGCAGCCACCCUGCUGUUGGGGUACUUUGAAGUGUGGAAUUCGGACCAUUCCAAGUGGUGCAAUCACCUGUUUGGAGCCAGGCUGCUGAUCAAGGAGAUACCUUUUCGGGAGAUGACGAGGAACAUACUGCCGCUGAAGCGAGCCAGACGGGCGCUGUUCCAAGAAAGCCAGAACCAGCCGUUCGACCCCUUUUACAUGGGCCACGACAACACGCACAUGAUGAACCAUGAUCUAGACGAUUUGGACCUUGGCCUACUGAGUCGAUUAACGAACCAACACGUGUCGUACGAGGACGAUGCAGCAGCCUCGAUCGGCAAUUACUACACUGACCGCGAUAUCGAACAUUACGAGCAUUUGAGGGAUCUGUAUUGGUGGUACUGCAAGAUGGACGUCUAUCAAAGCAUGCUCGGUGGUGGGAAGCCAUUUAUGGACUACCAGCACUGGACGCAAUGUCCGCCCCGAGCCCCGAUGGGCCGACUGGAGGCCAUUUACGGAACGUAUGACCACUUGAUGCUCCUUCUUGGUCGCCUGUGCAGUUUCGCUUCCAAGGACCUCGCUCGAAAGAAGAAGUCGUUCAAGGGGUUCGGGCCUCCGGGUGGCCCCCCGGGCGGUCGUCCAGGGGUUCCCACCGGCGGCCCUCCCGGUGCGCCGCCAGGACGGGGAGGGCCGCCCAAUGCGUCCGGGCCACCGGGAGGAGGAGGCCAGGAGUGGGGCCCACCGGGGAUGGCAACCGGUAUGCCCGGAGGCGGGCCGCCCCCUGGCAUGAUGGGAGGGAUGCCCGGUGGGCCGCCCGGGGGUCCGCCGCCGGGCAUGAGAGGCCACCCAGGAGGGCCGGGCGGUCAGAUGGGAGCGCCUCCUGGGGCCGGGUCACCGCCCAUGUUCCCGGGCAUGCUGCCGAAUCUCCAAAAGGUGAGACUGCCCAUGGGCUUCAGCCCUCCGAGAGACGACUCGCCGCCUCCGCCGGAGAUGCCAGAAGACCUCGACUCCGACGUUGCCAUGGAGGCGGCGAUGCGUGAGUGGGAAGGCCUUAGGGAGGCGUUUGAGAUCCUCCGAUCCCAGUUUGGGCCCGAGUUCCAGGCCCUGGGCGCCGAGUACGCAGACCACAGGGACUCGCCCUUUGGGCCGACGCUGCAGUACCGCACCUUUUCCGUGGCCGGCAUCUGGAUGAACUACUACAUGGGCCUGAUCCAUCUGUACCGCGCACACCCGCGGAUGCCGCCGGCCGCCAUGAUUGCCGCGGGCAUCCAGGCGCAGCAUACCGAGAAGUUUGCCAUCGAGAUUGGGCGGAUCGCGGCGGGGCUGACGGACGACGUCUCCAACGCCACCGAGAUCAGCACCUUGGUCGGGGCGGCGCUCAUCGAGAGUGCCUUCUGUCUCUUUGUCGGCGCUAUCCAGUACAGAGACGACGCCCAGCGUCACUGGAUCGUCAGGCGGAUGCACGACGUAGCACGUCUCACAGGCUGGCAAUCUGCGCGACAAAUCGCCGAGGGCUGCGAGUCUGGCUGGAAGAAGGCCGCGGCUAUGGGACGGGGUCCGCCGUACACAAGAGACCCCACGCUCCAGACCGUCGUGCCCCCCUCGGUGUGGUUGAACCCGAGGAGGAUUGGCGCCCGGCUGGAGCUGCUGGACGGAGACGACAAGGUGCUCGUCGUCGCCAAGACGGAGCGGGCGCAUUACGCCCUGGGGCUACUCAGCGUCGAGCAGGAGCUGGAGAGGCUCGACAUCAAGGAGGGAUGA